CGCAAUGUUUCUUCUCAAAGCAUGGAGAUCAAGCGCCUUUGGCAUUUAUGGGUACCUCAAUUUUACCAAGUCUGGCUUCAUAUGAGAAGAGAAUUUUAUGCGGAGCAAAAAACAAUUCAUCUAAUUGGACGGAAAAAAUCAAUCCCCUCAUAAUUGGAAGGAAAGUGGAUGAAGUGAACAUUCAAAGAAAUUCAACGCAGAGGAUAUGCAAGCAAGAAUAGAUGGGAAAAAUUGCAUAGUAACAGGAGCAAAUUCUGGCAUUGGCUAUGCCACAGCCCAAGGCCUCGCUUCACGUGGGGCAACUGUCUAUAUGGUUUGCCGAAACAAGGAGAGGGGAGAAGCUGCACUGUCUAAAAUUCAGUCUGCAACAGGCAACCAAAAUGUUCAUUUGGAGGUCUGUGAUCUUUCAUCUGUUGCCGAUAUAAAGGCGUUGGCAUCCAGAUUUUCUUCCAAGGAUGAGCCACUUCAUGUUUUGGUUAAUAAUGCCGGCCUGCUCGAGUCUAACCGAGUUACAACCUCAGAAGGGUUUGAGUUCAACUUUGCUGUAAAUGUAUUGGGUACUUAUUCCAUGACAGAGUCAUUGCUGCCGUUGCUGGAGAAAGCAGCACCUGAUGCUCGGGUUGUUACAGUUUCUUCCGGUGGAAUGUACACCGCACCUUUGACCAAAGAUCUGCAGUUUAGUGAUGGAAACUUUAAUGGGUUGGAGCAGUAUGCUCGAAACAAGCGUGUUCAGGUGGCACUAACAGAGAAAUGGGCUGAAAUGUACAAAAACAAAGGGAUUGGAUUCUACGCAAUGCACCCAGGUUGGGCGGAGACACCGGGGGUUAAUAGAAGUUUACCCGAUUUCUCUAAAUCUCUUUCAGGGAAGCUUAGAUCGAUGGAGCAAGGUGCGGACACAGUGAUUUGGUUGGCUCUACAGCCUAAAGAAAAAUUGGUUUCAGGCGCGUUCUAUUUCGAUAGAGCUGAGGUUCCGAAACAUCUCAUGCUUGCAGGCACCAGUGGCUCACAUGCUUUAAUCGACUCCAUAGUCGAUAAUCUACGUUCCUUGUCUGCCAUCUCUUCAUAAGAGUUCAAGAAAUUUUUUUUAGAGGACACUUUUUGAUGUCUAAGAUUAGACUCAAUUUUACCAUCCAAAUGUCUUGGAUAAGAUACCUAUUGGCUUAGUUGGUGAGGGAAGUGAGAAGAAUGUUAAGAAGUGGGAUUUUCUUAUAUGUAAUAAUGGUUUUACUUAUUACUACUUCUUGUUGCAAUCUGUACUACAAAACAUGUACUUUUACAUGUGUUUCUUUUAUUU